CAUAAAAGGAAAACUUGAGAAGAGGAGAAAAUAACAGUUGAGGCGUGAUUUUGGGCAGGCUGGGAUCGCGCUCGGCCGUCAUUCGAUUGCAACAUCUAAAACAGUUCAUACAAAAUACAAGAGAACACGGAUUAUUACCUAGUGGUAUGUGUUGAUGAGUAUACAUUUCCGAAUCUGGAGUCGCCUAUGAUUUCAUCCAACAAGCCAAGUUCGUCGGAAGUAAGGGGAUGAACAUUUUUUUAAACAUUUUUUUUAUGCAGGACUUCAUAUUGUUUUAUGAGCACAAAUUAAGGAUAUGGACUAGUGUAUCAAUGAUGGACACGGACCAGCUAGUAAUUUUGGCAUUCAAUGUCUCUUAGUUCGAGUAAACUUGAACUUUAUUCAGUCAUAAAUGUGCUGCAUCGAUAAAGUUUUCCUGGCUGGGAACUGAACAUUUCUAUGUUCUUACGGUAACCGUUUAAAGUAAGUGGGACUCUAUAUCUACGAAGGAAACCCAUCAUUGAUAGUAUAAGGCGCCAGACGUGAUAACUGGAUAUAAGAGUUGAAUGUCUUUGACGCUGCCGUGAAUUAACUUUAGCGAGACUUUGUUACUGAAAUGUGAUAUUAUCUCAAAGUUAUUGUCAUAAGACGAAAACAAAAUGGCAGAUCGGUUUCGGGAGGACCACAACUCAUGCGACGAGUGCGGUGAGAAAUGGCUUAGUACGGCCGAUGAUAGGGAGCCCAAUGCGAGAUACUUCACGAGAAGAAAUCUCUGUUCCAGAUGUGCGCGGGGAAAGUGUGCUAAAACGAUAUUGGAUUCCCCGACGUCUUCUUCGCUUUCAAACAUGAGAUGCUGUGAGCAUCGACAUCGGGAUAUUUUUCUGUAUUGCGUGAAAUGCCGCCAGCCAAUAUGUGAUGUUUGUGUGCUCCUUACCCACUCAGGACACGAAUAUCAGGAUAUUAAUAAAGUGGUGGAAGAAAGGCGGGAAAGUGCCAGAGAGUUACUCGGGAAAAUUCUUGAUAAGGACAAGGAGCUCGUGUUCGAUCGUCGUAAUAUUGAUGAAUGCACUGAGGCUGUCAACGAGCGCUUCAAGAGACUAACAUUCGCAGUGCUUGUCCGCGUUGAGGAUAGGUCAAGUAACAUUGAGGAGGAUUACCGCGUUUCUGUAAGAAAGGUCGAAAGUCGCGCAAAAGACGAGAAAUUAAAGAUAGACAGAUGGAAAGACAAUCGCUUGAGAGAGAUGAAAGGGGAAAAAGAAGCAAAGAGCCGAGAAAUCAAGCAAAGACAAAUUACACUCAUGCAUGAGCUCGAUGAAGUGAAGCAGAAGCUGCUGGCUCAGAUCAAAGAGGUUCGGGAAGGUUUGGAUUCAGCCGACGAGAUUAUAAUGGAAGCGAAAGGACUCGCAGAACGGACAAUAGAUUAUGGGAGCCAGGAAUUACUACAAAUGGACGGUCCAAUGACAUCUAACGCUCGUCUUGUUGGAUGUAUGGAGCUGGAGCUGGACCAGGACAUGAUUAAUACAGUCAAAGAUAUCGCAGAGAGUGUGAAGUUUGAACCAGAAAAGAGCGAUGUUGACGAUGCGAACUUACUUGGUCGGUUCGUCACCACUGCCCCUGCCUGGUGCAAGGAGCAUACUAUUCAAGUGGGUCUUCCAAAGUUUCGGUUGUUGAAUGCGACCACUGACACAAAUCGCGUGGCUUUUACGGGCGAGAACGACGAUGAUCAGUACGGACUAUAUACGAUGAAUAUUGAAAAUGGAAGCACGACCCUUGUAACAUCUGAAAGUCAUUGUAUCACAGACUCAUCUUCCAUCGAGGCCGAUUUAAUGGCAGUGUGCCGAAAAGGGCGAACGGCGAUCGAAGUUUGGAAUACGCAACGCGGAAAGGUGAAGCGGCAUAUUAAAGUUCCACGAUCGUGGUCUCAUACAUGCCUCACCGUCGACCACGACGGCAUGAUCAUCGCUCGCGAUCACUCCAACAUUCAGGGGAAACUUAACGUCUACCGGUCCGACAACGGUGAAAAAGUCCGCUCUAUUCCGUACAAUGGAACAAUUUACAGUCUCCAUGCGUUGUCGAACGGUCGGCUCGUCAUCCAAUCGGCAGCGACUGAGUUGGUUAUCAUAAACAGUAUCGGAGCUACAUGUGCCAACAUCAAUCACGAGGUCUGGCAGUGGGUACGAUGUGCUGUAGCAAGGGAUGACUCCAUCAUUGUCGCAUACGGAAGGAAAGAUGACCCCUCAGCGAUUUACAUUGACUCUUAUUCAUCCAAUGGCGAAUUUGUUGACCAUGUGACGAAACAGCGAUGUUGUCCGUCCCUCGAUCACAUUGCCGUGGUCGUGACGAGAUCGGGGAAGAUCGUGCUCCAGAACGGUGACGAUGUGAUGAUCUAUGAUCGCCUGAUUCCCCUGAUUCCCGUGACCUCGUCCACCAGGACGAGUGACACUGUCUCAAGGUUUUCGACUUCGUCACCGCCGAGAUCGCCUACUCGCCGAACUAUUUUCAUGUGUAUUCCGACAUGAUAGAACGUAAUGUUUUCAUAUGUUGUUUUGAAAUAUGUUUUUGUUUACUUUAAAUUUUGAUACACAACAUAAGACACAAGACGAUAUUUUCAGUAUUCGAAUGGCUCAAAGUUACUUUGAGAACUAGCUAGUUUUAACUGGCUUUACGAUCAAUUUCAAAGAUUCAAAGGUUUUAAAUUUUCGCAGGUUUAUUGAAAAAAGUCCUCGGUGAUAUCUAUUUUCUAAAAAGAUAGAAGUUUGGGACAAAAUAAUGUCGAACCAAGUUAUCACGAUUUAGAUCAAUAAGAUUUAUAUCUAAUUCUAUUAGAAUAAUUUUUUCUGAUCUAUGUUUUCUUUCCUUCGUUCCCGAUUGCAAUCAUCACAAUAUGUUGAUACCGAUGUUUUGAUUUUAGAGAACAAUCAUGGCUGGAAUAUUGACCCGAAUUCUUGAAGGUGAAAACUGCGUGUCAUUUUUCUUGCAUAAAACAUCUCCUCUAUAUUGGGAACGCAAUGCUAAAUACAAUAAUACAAUAAAAGUACAAGUGUUCAAUCAGGGAAAAUGUUUAAUAACUAUGGCCCAUAUUCUGAAGUCGGGUUUAAGUUAAACUCAGGUUUAAAGUUGUGGUUUAAGUAUGGGAAGCCAAAAGUAUCAAAUUUGUUAUUAAGUUGUAUGUUUCUUAUGUUUACUGUGCUCUUUCCUGAUUCAUCGAUGGUGAAGCCAAUAAUCUUUUUAUACUUCCUAGACAAUUAUGAAUGAUUUGAGAGCCAAAUGAGCUGAAGUAUGAUAUCUCUACUGUUAGUGAUUUAUGUAACAAUUGGCUCGCCAUACUUAAACCACAACUUUAACCCUGAGUUUAAGUUAAACCCGACUUUAGAAUACGGACCCAUGAGUUUUGUAAUCCAUAUUCUUCUGCUGCUAUUUUGAGAUUAAGAUAAAGGUUAACCCUCUUUAAUUGGAGAGGGGAUUUUUUUUACUCUAUUGCUGCAAGUGUUUUCCACCAAGAUUUUUUUUACGUCGAACAUUUCACGUUUGAGCUCUGAAGGUGGUUGGGGGGGGGGUCAAAUUAUUCUCAAUAAAACUACUACGCGAAAAACCAGUUGAAAUAGGGUUGAUUAAACCAAUAAUAGUGAGGUUAAAUUGUAAAAAACAAAACAAACAGACAAACGUGGAACUAGGUACUAAAACCGACACUUGCUGGAAGCGAUGUAUACAUGCUUGUUUUCUCGAAUAAAUUUAUGAAGAUUCGACAAACUUUGCUAUUUUUUAAAGAUAAAUUGUUUAUGACAAUAGUAUUCAAAGGCCGCGUGGCUAAAUAUGAAAUAUGUGUUGACAGUUCCAAAAUUUAUAUAAACCUAAUCAUAUUUAGUAUUUUCAUUAUUAUGUUACUUAUUAUUAUUAUGUGCAAUAAUUAUGUAUGAAACUAAUUCACGAGUUGGUGCACGGAAUACAGACCUUUUAGCUUGAUAUUCUUAUUAUAGUUAAUUUCUUGGACGAUUCUUGCUGUAUUCAGUAGAUAGUAUUCCUUCAUAAUAUUUAUGAACUUUAUUCAAAUCAUGUUUUUUAUAACUAUAGUUUUAAUCUGAUUGAUAAAGUAUUUAUAUCAUUUUUAUUCUACAUUUUUACUUCUUAUAUGAAUUGGAUGAUUUCAUUGUCCUAAUUAGUCGAAAAGAGCCUAAUCAUUGAGAAUACAUGCCCAUACAGCCUAUCUGAGCCUCAAAAUAUAUAAAAAUAUAUGCCAAUAUCAUAUAUUGGCGUAUGAAAUCAAAGUACAUAAAAUAAAAAAGUUUAUGUAUCUUUUAACGAAAAACACAACUUUUUCAUUUAUUCAAAUUUUGAUUUCGUAAAAAGAAACUUAUCUUGCAAAACCAUUCUUCCGAUAUGACAUUUUUAAAGCCCAGCGUGCGAAGUUUCCAUUGUAAAAGAUAUAAUUUUUAUAAAACGUUCGGAUCUUUAAAACAAUAAUCAACUUUGUACAUGUAUGUAUAAUAGCUUCUCGAAACACUAACGAAAAUUAAACAUUUUCUUAUCUUCCAAAACGUAUUGGGUGAAAUAUUUCGGUUGAAGAGGAAUUUUGUAUGUCGAUAACUGUCUUGUUCAUGAAUGUCAUAAUCAUAGCGUAGCAAUCGAACCAUGUCACUGCCUUUUCAUUAUGUAAACAAACAUCUUUCUUACCUGUAUUCAUGUAUGGUAUCGUUUUUGACGCAAGUACCAAACUAAAAGCAAUAAUUACGAUGUUGAUGAUGAAUCAUAUUUUGAUAAUAUUGUAAAACCGUUAUUAUAGAAGGAAAUAUUGACAAUACAAGUUUUCUUGUAUUGAAUAGCAAACUUUGACAUUUAUUGCUGUUUAUUAUGAGUGAUCUAUACCAGAACUGUUAUUUUAUCGCCUAUAUCAGUUGCUAACCCUAUACAGCCCUGUUUAGGACGCCUUACAUUUCUCGUUUUAUUUGAUAUGAUUUGUAAGUUUGUUGAGAUUUCAACAUCAGCUAAAAAAGUUAAUGCGACUUCCUCUGUUUUGGAAAGUUAAUUAAAACUCUUAAAAUGAUUAGUCACAUUAA